AUGGAUGAUGGUUGGUAUUCAUUUUAUUGCCGUGAUUGUUCUAAAAAAGUUACUAAAAAUGAUGAUGAUGUUGAUGCUGGCCCUUUUCACUGUGAUGGUUGUAGAUUUGUCUCAGAUGUAUUUGGAAAGAUUAGGAUAGUAGUUCGUGUGCAAGAUGAAAGUGGGUCUUCUUCGUUUGUAUUGUUUGAGCGUCAUGUAAAAGAUCUUAUUCAUCGUGGAAACCAAUGGUUGAUGGAAAAAAUAGCUAAGGAUCAAGGGCGACAACAGAUACCUGAUGAGUUCAAAAUUCUUCUAAAUAAGAAGUUUGUCUUCAAAGUUCAGAUAUCCAUGUUCAAUCUGCAGAACAACUAUCGUGCUUACACUGUGCAUAAGUUAACUGAUGAUGAAAGGGUUCUUGCUGAGGUGACAAAACGGUCACCAAAUCAUCAACAUCAUAAUAUAAAUGAUAAUGGUACUCCUAUUAACAAGCCAAAUAAGGAAAAUACUAAUUCUGUGCAUGAUGACAAUCUUGAUGUUGUUGACCUUGAAGCUGUAACACCAUCAUCGAGUACGGGGAAGCGCCCUAUUGAGAUUGAUGCCAACACUGACUCUUUGGAGUGGUCUUCUUCAAAAACUCGUGCUGUACGGGAUACCUUGAAGAUCCCAAAGUUGGAAAAGUUGGACUAAUAUGAAGCCGCCCAUCAAAAUUUUACAUAUCAUCUUCGAUAUGUUUAUAGACAUUUUCUUUUUAAUCUUUUGUGUGUCGCAUUUUCAAUUGUCUGUUUAUUGAUCUUUUGGUUGUUUUUAAAAUUUUAUUGAGUUUUUAUUUGGUGUGUACACAAUGAUAGAAUUGGAGGUUAUGACAAUUUCAAGUUAUUGAACUCUUUUGAUUUAAUGC